CUCUAUUACUGAUUUAAUUUGUGUAAUAAUAAUAAUAUCUUUCAGGUGUCGUGAUAGUCAGUCACGAUGAACGUCUUAUACGUGAAACAAACUGUCAACUUUGGAUUAUAGAAAGUCAAGAUAUAGAUGAAAUUGAUGGCGACUUCGACGACUACCGAAGAGAAUUAUUGGAAUCUUUAGGAGAAAUCAUAAAUAACCCAAGUAUAGCAGCCCAACAAGCUAUGAAACAAAAAUAGGAAACUAAUUAGUUAAAAAAAUAAUUAUAUAAUUUUUGGCUGGUUCCAUAAUCUUGUUAUUUGUUACAGAAAUAAUAUAUUCACUCAUUUCAAAAAUUAAUUCGUUUUAUAUUUCUUACCUGUCGAACCCAUCGCAAUGUUAUAUUUUCUAUUCCAAUUUUUCUGUAAAUGAUAUCAAAAGGAAUUACAAACUGUUGCAGAUAUCAUGGCAAUAAAUUAUUUUUUGGUAUUUAUGAAGUUUUUAACAAUGAACUAUUUGCUUAAGAUCGAGACAAAAUAAAAAUUACAGUUUGAUAAAGAAUGAAUCGUGGACUGCUUCUGUUGAUAAAACUUUAUAAAUUUUCAACAUUGAAAAAUUUCUAAAUAUGUUCAUUUCAGCACCAAUAUUAUCUGUUUAUUUUUCAGUAUAAAUAAGGUAAAUAAUACAGUUAUUGGCCUCUUAAGGAUAUUUUUAUUUUAAAGAAUUCUUUGACAUAACAGAGACUAAACAGUGAAAUAUACUUACUGGUGAAUUUGUCUUUUUAUAGCUUUUCUGCUGCCAAUAUAUACAAAUUACAAAUACCAAUUGUUUAAUCCGGAAUGUGCCUUGUUUUACGAAAAUGCUAAAUUUUAUAUUAUUGGCUGCUUUACUGUAGUAAUUGGCCUAUUUCAUGACACAUUAAUUGUUUCUAUUUUUUUAUAAGGAUACAGACAACCUAAUACAAAUUGAUUGUAUUUAUUGAAACAUUAUAUAUCUACAGUCGACCCCCCGACCUCGACUGUAGUAACACUGUUGAUAAUUCUGUUUUAUAUGGAUUCCAUGUUGUACGAGUCACUUAGAUUUUACAAAUACGUGAGCCAUUCACUGCCCGGCACGUGUAUUUUACAAAUACAUGUGCCGGGCUAUGAUUAUAACAGUGUUAUAGGGGGGUCGACUGUAUAUUAAAAUAAUGAUCUUUAUGCUUCAGCUAAGUUAUACACUCAUCUGCUUCUUCAUUAAUAUCUUCCCAUAAUAUUUGUGUAAAAAAAAAAAAUAUAGGUUUUAUUUUAAAAAAUAAAAAACUUCUGCGAGUUCCAUAAACAUGGUUAUUGGCCACCUCGUUAAUAUCUGCAAAAUUUACAGUAAAGGAAUUAUUAAAAUACACUACUACACUCACAAAUAGUAACAGAUAGAAACUAGAAAUUUGCAUGCAGUUUUGUUUUUUCGGUUUCUUAUCAGUCCUGAUGGAUUCCCUUUUUCAAUCUCCUCCAUAAUCGAACUUGGGAGAGGUACUAUAGUUCAUGAGAGUUUAAAGCUUCAUAAAAUAAUUUUAUGUAUGUAGUGAGAACUAAUAAUUGUUCAUGAAAUGGUGUAUUAAAAUAAAAUAUUUAAAUAGAUUUAUACAUUAUCAGACGAGAAUAUCUACAAUUAUUAAAUUAAAUAUUACAUAUAACAAUGUAUAAUUAACUGAUUAUUGUUACAAAAUUUUGUUUCCUCACAGAUAAUAUAUUCAGAUACAAGACUUUGCACAGUAUAGAUUAAUGUUAUAAUCAAAAUAUGUAUGUAUGUAUAUAUAUUAAUGGCAGAAGUUAUCCAAUUUCAUAUAUGUGAAGCAAUUGUUAGGUGCCAUGGAGUUGCUGCCCACUGCUGGCAAUCUGAUGCAGGUUUCUCCAAACUGUUCUAUCUUCUACCACAUAUGACAGUUCAUGCAAGAAUCGGUUACCUCCUUUAUCUGGUCUAGCCAUCUGGUUCUUUGUUGGCCCUUCCUGUGCCUUUCCUCUCUUCCCAAGCAUAUCUUUUUUUUUCUCCAGUCCUUUAUGAACAAGCAUCAAGUGGUCAAAGUAGGCCACACUUUGCUUCAGAAGCAUGCUUUUAAGCAACAGGGCAGGCUUGAUGGCUUUCAGAUCAGUUUUCUUUGCUCCAUGGCAUCCCAAGGAGUCUUCUCUGCACUCAGAGUUCAAAUGCAUCUAGUUUUUCCUCUCGUGCUUCCUAAGUGUGUAUCUUUCAGACCCUACAUAACAAUAGGGAAUACAAGGGAUCUAACUAGUCUGAUCUUGGCUUUAGUGGUUACAUCCUUACAUGAAGUUGUGGCAUGGCUUUUUUCCCAGUAAAAUUCACCAAACACUAGACUAUAGUAAAACAAUAGACUAUGUUAAAUACAAAUCUUUAGUGGGAUUUUUAACAGAGAAAAAUACUGUAGCAAAUGGUGGGUUAUUCCACAUCUAAUUGAACAGUCCAUCGUUUGUGACAGUAUUUUUUGUUAAGAAUUGCGCUGUAUUUAAAUUUGUGUUUAAGGUGGUCUAUUGUUUUAAUUGUGUUAAAAUUUACCCAUAAGUCAUGGCAUUAAGAUUACAACAGAAUAUUACAAUUACAAAGAACAAUAUAACAUUACUCAUUCAUAUCAUACUUAAUUCAACAAUAGAAUAAGCCGUGGUUUUUAAAUAAUCGGUUUUAAAUUUUCAAAACUUUAGUAAAAGCAUAAAAUAUUUAAAUUACAGGUGAAUUUUUUCACAAUCGGUUUAUCAUCAUCAGCUGACGUAACUUAUUGAGACAAAUUUAAAAACCAGAUAUUUCAUAUAUAAAUGUUUGUCCAAAGUGUUUAAAGUUAGAUAAAAAUUUCACAUUUUAAAUUUAGUUGCAGGAAAUUGAUAGUAAUUUUUUCCGUUACCGUCGAUACACGCGAAAACCUGUCGACUUAAUUCACUUGUGAUGUAUAGUUAUAAACACUGCCCCACCAUCUGUUGAAAGUGACUCAAACGUUUUAGUAUUCGCUUAUUACAUUUUUCCUCAGUUUAUGUUAGUGUUUCGAUCGGAUUUUAAACACGAAACCAACCGAAAAACAAUGGAAUUAUCAUUUUAUAUUCAGAUUUACGAACGUUAAUCAUCGAGUGAGGAACAUCGUCAUGGCCCAAUCUAAUCUCCAAGGAUAUCUUUUACUAAAGUCUUCGGGUGGAUUAAGCAUUUUGAAGCCUCCAAGGAAACUUUGGCUGGUUUAUCGAAAUGAAAACUGCCAACUUUUUUGCUAUAAAAAUGAGUUUGGGAGCGAAAAUGGAUGCAAGGCUCCAUUGGAGAUUAUUAACCUUCAAAAGGCGGCCAUAACGCCACACGCCGAAGAAAAUAAUCGAUUUAUUAUUUACUCCGAACAGAAAGAAUAUCACUUAUUCGCGGAUGAUUACGAAUCCAUGAUGCGAUGGAUUAUCGACUUGCAGAGGAGGAGAGACGAAUGGAACAAUCAAUUCAACACGGCACCCAUUCGCUCGGAUUACGAAGAUACCAAUUUUGAAAACAGAAACGAAAUGCUACCGAACAAAGAAGAAAUGCAAAUUGUACUUCACAAUACCAAAAGAGCGGAAGAAAGAUGUGAAAUUAGAGCGAAUUUUUGCUUUUCGGAUUACUCAACUGGUCAACUUGGCUCCUAUAAAUUCAACAGUAAGUUGUGAUUCGCACGUACGUUUUUUGUAAUGUUGAGUGGGUUACCUGUACUAUUUUGGGUAUCCAUUUGUUUGGAAAGAAGUAAAGUAGGACGAGGAAACUAGUCAUGUGAGAUUAUCGUAAAUAUAUAUCAAAAUUCUUAAACCGAAAAUAUGUAUAAAGAGUAAUUUA